AUGGAGCUGUCGCUCUCGCCUCAUACAGCGACGGGCGAGUCGCUGGUCCCGACGGCGGCGUCUGCGACGUCGCGUGCCGACGGCUCUGCGGAGGUGCGGCAGGGCCUGACCCAUGUGUAUGCGUGUGUGUAUGGGCCCAUGGAACCUGGUCGGGCAGCGCGUGCGCCGACGGUACGGCAGGACCGUGCGACAAUCCAGGUGGACAUAGCUGUGGCGCCAUGGGGUGCAGCGGAGCGGCGGUAUCGUGCGCGAGGCGACCGGCAACUCGUGGAAUGGGCCAAUGCGGUCCGCUCGACAUUCGAUCCCGUGGUGCAUACGCACCUCUUUCCGCGUGCGCAGAUUGACCUAGUCGUGCAUGUGUUGCAACAGGACGGCGGUGUCUUACCGGCCAUGAUUCAUGCGUGCACGCUCGCACUGAUGGACGCGGGCAUACCCAUGUCUGAUUAUGUGUGUGCGAUGACCUGUGGGCUGCACGGCGAGACGGCGAUGCUGGAUCUGAACCGGAAGGAGCAGACGAGUCUUCCGUUUGCAACGGUGGCGGUUCUACCCCGCUCGGGCCAAGUGCCGCUGAUGCAGCUGGAUACGCGCAUCCACAUGGACCGUUUUUCACGCAUGGUGGAUAUGUGUGUGGAAGCGGCAGCGAUGCGCGCGCGCUCAGCGCGACUUGUUGAGGCUGCGCAGCAUCCGCACGAAGCGAUAGAGGGGUCACAGGCGCCGUAG